CUGCCAUCAUCUGCUGCGGCGCGCGCAAUCCGUGACGUAGCGACCGCUGCUUAUUGGUCUUCCUUACGACGUGACGUCACCGGUGUAACGAUUACCGAACCGUACCCCGACUUCCCCUCGCGGCCCCACGCCUCACCGCUCCCAACGUUAACCGCUUGAAACGUUUGCCAGUGCAUACCGAGAAUUCAGCCGAUACAUAACAGAAAAUCGCGAAAGUUCUAUCUCGUGUUACCGUUAUGGUGUAAGUGACUCGGGCGUGCAAGUAACCCAGUGACAAUUUUUAUUUUUUUUUUGUGUGCUUCAUGGUUAAGAUGUCUGUGAUGCAGAUGCAGCAGGCCAAGCGGCAGCAGUGUUACCUUUGCGACCUACCCAGAAUGCCGUGGGCAAUGGUGCACGAUUUCACUGAAGCAGUAUGCAGAGGGUGCGUAAAUUACGAAGGAGCAGACAGGAUAGAAAUCGUUCUUGAAACGGCGCGACAAAUGAAACGAGCGCAUGGAUUCCAAGAGCAACGCUCCAGCGGCCAUGCUACUAAAUCCCACAGGAGUAGCGCUUCUCACGAACAUCAAAACGGGGAAGUAGUUGCUUCCUCCAGUAGACAACAAAGUGCGCCUCAUCACACUACCACCUACAAUCUUCACCACUCUAGAUCCAAUAUGAUGGCUGAAUACCAAGCAGGACAACAACAGCAACAACAACAACAACCCCCUCCACCUCCAAGAGGUAGGACUCAAUUGGAGGCUGCUCCAGAGCAUGAUAUCGUGCCUAGAACUGCUGUCAGGCUGCCCACAGUAGCGCAUAUAGCUGCACAUCAUCAAUUACAAACUCAUCACCAUUCUAGCAAUGGAAGACCUAGCGCUAUGCCUUCGCAAGGUAUCAAAAGAGGUUUGUCUGCUACGGAUGACGAUGGGCAUCAUCACUCCAAUGGGGAUAUCAGUGGGAGUAAAAGGAUGAUGUCUGUUGAAGAGCAUAGUAAUGCUGUGAGACCACCUUUGACUAGAGGUGAUUCACUUCCAGCCGUGUCUUUAGCGCAACCGUUUGUAAUUUCUACUGAAAGGACUUUUAAGCAGGAGAAACAUCCCAUUAGGACAGCUUCGUUCGAUGCUGGGACUGCAUUUAAACCAAGUGCUCCAGUAUCGGUGGCAAGCGUGAACGGCACUAGUUCGAGUUCCCCUUUAAACAGUAGGACGGGGUCACCACCAGAAACGAAUAUGACCGGCGCUGCGCCUCAAACGCAGCCUACCGCAGGUUCUGGUCAAAGUCCCAUGGCCGCACUCAUUUCAGUAGCCGACAAUCUACCACCCGGAAGUCCCCGAUCGACGGGCGGCAGCCCUCCGACGAACGUAGCCCCCAGAUCCGCAUCCAGAGGUUCCCAACAUUCGCCUAAUUCAACAGGAUCUUCUAGCGGAAGGCGGUCUUCCGGAUCCAGGCACGUCUCCUCCACGACCGUGACGUCAACGGAAACGGGCACCGUGUCUGCCGGCAACAACGAAGCCCUGACCGGUGGCGGCGAUAGCGUGGCCACCACUCCCACGGCUACGGCCACCUUGAAAUGUACUUUGUGCCAGGAGAGGUUAGAGGAUACGCAUUUCGUGCAAUGUCCUUCGGUGCCGCAUCACAAAUUCUGUUUUCCUUGCAGCAGGGAGAGCAUCAAGAGGCAGGGUGCCGGAUCAGAGGUGUACUGCCCGAGCGGAGAGAAAUGUCCAUUGGCCAACUCGAAUAUCCCUUGGGCGUUCAUGCAAGGCGAGAUAGCCACGAUACUGGGCGAGGACUAUAAAGUGAAGAAAGAAAGGGAAUCUUAAGGGCGAAAGUAAAGCAUUGUUCCUGGUGAUACUCUUUGCUUGGUGCAAGACGAGGCAAUAAGCAAACCUCCCGUUGACCUGAAGGGGAGCGACAUUCAAAAUGGAAAACCUUGGCGAUAAGAACGAAAAAAUUAGAAAAAACCGUCGAGAUACAUAUAUACCAGAAAAAAUGGAAAAUAGUCGUGUUUGUACAUAGGAUUGGAGAAGGCUGUGUUAAAAUCUUUAGUUUUUAUGAAGAGAGGUAUCCGUGAUAUCUUAUGAUUAUAUACCGAAUUAUUUAAUUAAAAAAAAAAAAGAAAAUAAUAAUGAUGGCUAUUCUCGCCGAAUUUUUGUACAUAUUAUAUAUCUAUCACAUAGCGACUUCAAUAUCUUGAGAAAAAAACGUUUAAUACGUUUUUCUCGGGUUUUUCAAAUAUUUACCGCGUGUUUUUUAUUUUUAUUGUAUAAACCUUGUACAUUUGGAAAAUUAUAUAAUUAUUAAACGAAAUGUACAAAAUAUAUUUACGCGAUUAGCUUUAGUUGAUAGAUUUUUGCCGUAAAUUUGAAAUUGUUCGGCUUCUAAGGGGCAUUUUCUUAUUUUUUAAAAGCUGUAAAUAUUGUAUAUUCAUCAGCUGAUUAUUAUUAAUAAUGUAUUUAGAGGCGAAAAAUCUGUUGCGGAUUUUUCGAAAAUCCGGUAAAAGUUUGUUUUUUCGUGGUACGUUUUGAAAUCAUUCGCUUUUUUUAAUUAUGGAAAGUACUACUAGUCAACAAAUGGGGCGAUUACGGCUCCAUUAAUAGGAACUACAAAACUCGCUGGUAAUUUAAGAAACAAUAUUUAAAAAAAAAUCUUUCAUUAAUGAUAACUGUCUGUCGAUUUUUUGGUAGAUAAACGUUUUAGACUUGUACAUUUAUACAGUAUUUAACCUUAAAAGGUACUUUCUGUAGGAGCUGUGUGUAAACAGUUUUUAAUGUUUUGGUAAAUGUCGAGGAGCCAAAAAUGACGUGGUUUUUCAUGAAAUCUUACACGACUUUUCUAGGCACUGUAACAAAUCUUGCUAUUAUUUUUUUUUUUUUACUUUCAAACGUUCAAUUUGUUUUCAAGUGCUAUUACAGAUUAGUUAUUGGAGAAACGACUAAAUCAGGAUGCCUAAAAUCGUUAUAUUUAAAUAGUUAACGAAGAAACUUGUAAAUUUGUGCACAUGGUCUUUUGAGCCGACUUAAUUUAAUUUGUUCUUAAAUUUUAUUAAAAAGAUUUUAUAAAAUGUGUAAAAUUUCGUGAAAAUCCGCGCCCUUUUUGUUUCUUUUAUAUUUACCAAUUUUUCUAAUUAUCCAAAAUCGGACAUUCAUGAAAAUCUGUUGUACUAUAUCAAAAUAUACUGUUUCGAUGAAUAAAAUUACAAUCGUAUUUAAAGUAUA